AUGGGCAAAACAGCUGUCUCUUUUUUUUCUUUAUGUGGGGCCCACCGUUCCAAAAUUUUUGAAACACAAAAGCAUUGCCAGUCCUUCCGGUUCGACGAUCCGGCCCAACCGAGGCCCACCAAACCGCCUGGUUGCCCGGACACCGGGUUCCGCGCCAUAUCCGGAGCCGCCGUCAGCGCCAACACCUCCACCCCUAUAACCGUCCUCCAAUUUGACGAUAUCUGCGAUGAGGUCAAUUCUGAUGCUGCUGCCGGUCAGUAUCAUCAUCGUGGCUACAAUGCAAAGACCGGCAGCAACAAGGGUUUCGUGGCCGGAGCCUCCAGGGCGGGCUGUAACAGUGUUUCACUGGAUGGGUUCGAGAGCACGUCCUCAUUCAGUGCCUUGCCCCUGCAGCGGGCCCCGCGUGGAUACGAUCCCCCCUCGGCCCCCCUGGAGAGGGCUUUCUUUAUGUCCGGCCCGAUCGAGCGUGGGGCUCUCUCCGGGCCGCUAGACGGAGCUGCCUCCGGUGAAAACAAUGGGGAUGUGCCAUUCUCAGCGCCACUCGGGGGCAUUUAUGUGAAGAAGAGGAAGAAGAAGAAGAGCAUUUCGGGAAUGCGCAAGGCAUUGUAUCGGAACUUGUCGGUGGUGCCUGUUAUGAACUUCAUUAGUGGAGGAGGUAGGAAAGAACUUCCCCCUGCGAACGAUGGCUCCAGGGAGGGAGUGGAGGUUGGCUACGAGAGCAAUGUGCAGUGGGCUUUAGGGAAGGCGGGUGAGGAUCGGGUGCAUGUGGUUGUGUCGGAAGAGUUAGGUUGGCUGUUCGUUGGAAUCUAUGAUGGAUUUAACGGACCUGAUGCUCCUGAAUUUCUGAUGAGCCAUCUCUACAAAGCAAUGCAUAAUGAAUUAGAGGGUCUGUUUUGGGACAAAGAAGAUGUAGUGGCAGCACCAGAAAACACAAUUGGUGCAGGGAAUCCAUCUGAUGCUGACAGAGAAGGUCCCCAAGAGACGCAAGAAAUGAAAGGCGUCAAGAUGGGAUCACAAUCACAAAUAGUUAAAAAGGUGCAGUUCGGAGGGGAAAAUAUUGAAGUUAGAAGGAGGAGGUUAUGGGAAUUCUUGGUGGAUGAUGAUCCAGGGGAAGGGCUCGAUCUAUCCGGUUCAGAAAGAUUUGCAUUCUCAGUUGAUGACGCGUUAAGUGUAAAUGAUGCAGGUUCAGCUGUGAAUAGGAGGUCAUUAUUGUUGUCUAAGCUAAAACAUGGGUUGCUGAGUAGGCACAAGGACAAAGAAGGUAGAAGGUUGUUUCCUUGGAAAUUUUGGUUGGAAGGGAAAAACAAAACAACAGAGGAAAUGAGGGAGAAUAAUAAUGUAGCAGAUAAUGAGAGGGAGAAGAUUGGUAGUACUGACCGGAAGAGGAAGAUUGGUGUAGUUGAUCAUGAGUUGGUAUUGAGUGCAAUGUCCAGAGCCCUUGAAGUAACUGAGCAAGCUUACUUGGAUAUGACAGACAGGGUCCUUGAUCGUUACCCAGAGCUUGCAUUGAUGGGUUCUUGCUUGUUGGUUGUAUUGAUGAGGGAUGAAGAUGUGUAUGUGAUGAAUGUUGGGGAUAGUCGUGCCAUUGUAGCCCAGUGCGAAACUGAAGAUAUAAGCUGUGGUAUAGAAUCACAAGUUCCUGAGGAUGGUGGGUUCACUGGUGACAGAAUAGUUGAGGAGUCUGCCAGUGUUAGUCAGAAGGAGAGUAGGGCAGUGAAUGAAGCUCAUGCGCAUCAUUGCGUGAAUUUGACUGCACUGCAACUGUCCACUGAUCAUAGCACAAGCAUAGAAGAGGAAGUCAUUAGAAUCAAGAAUGAACACCCAGAUGACAGCAAUUGUAUUGUGAAUGAUAGAGUUAAAGGUCGUCUUAAAGUAACCCGUGCUUUUGGGGCUGGAUUUCUCAAACAGCAUAAAUGGAAUGAUGCCUUGCUUGAAAUGUUUCGGAACGAUUAUAUCGGUACUGCCCCUUACAUAUCGUGCUCACCAUCCCUACGCCACCACAAACUGUACCCAAGAGACCAAUUUUUGGUGCUGUCAUCUGAUGGAUUGUACCAAUAUUUUAGCAAUCAAGAGGUAGUUUCCCAUGUGCAGAAUUUUAUGGAGAGGUUCCCUGAUGGAGACCCUGCUCAGCACCUUAUAGAAGAGCUUCUCUUCCGUGCUGCCAGAAAAGCUGGAAUGGAUUUUCACGAGCUUCUAGAUAUUCCACAAGGAGAUCGUCGAAAAUACCACGACGAUGUGACUGUUAUGGUGGUAUCCCUUGAAGGUAGGAUUUGGAAGUCAUCUGGAAAGUACUUAUGA